AUGACGGCUCUGAGGCCGUCUCAACUGUCUGUCUCCUCGCAGCAGGAGGAGACAGAUGGGGGCCCGGUGUCUCCUUCUCUUCUCUACGACAGCCCCUCCAGCGCUCGCGCCAGAGCAGAGACUCAUGCUGCAUCAGCAGCAGCAGCAGCAGCAGCAGCAGCAACUGCUGCUGCUGCUGCUGCUAGUCCCGAGAAGACACUUCCACAGCAGCGAUUUAUCCACCGCCAACAGAUGCUCCAGCAGCAGCAGCAGCAGCAGCAGCAGCAGAGAUCUGGAACUGUUUUACGGGCUUCGAUGGCGACUCACCGCAGCAGUGAGGCCCAAGACAGCAGCAGCAGCAGCAGCAGACGCAUGACUGCUGCUUACGGAUGGGGCGCAGCAGCAGCAGCAGCAGCAGCAAACAUGCAGCAGGACUCAAGUUCCUCCUCAGAACCUGAAAGCCCUUCAUUUCAUGCUGCUCCAGCAACAGCAAGAGAAGCAUUUUCUCCCUAUCUGCAGCAGCAGCAGCAGCAGCAGCAGCAGCGAGCAGCUAUGCUCCGCAGCAAGUCCUUCUCAGCCGGCAUGCGAGCGCCGCAACAGAGACACCAUGACUCAUCGUUUGCCGCUGCUGUUGCAGCGCAGCAGAAGCUGCUGCAGCAGGCAGCAAUGAGGAGAAAUGCUGCAGGGGCACCGGACCGCAUGCAGCAGCAGCAGGGGCUCUUCUCUCAGCUGCACAACAACAGCAGCAGCAGCAGCAGGAGCAGCAGCAGGAGCAGCAGCAGAAGCAGCAGCAGCAGGAGCAGCAGCAGGAGCAGCAGCAGCAGCAGGGAUGGCAGCGCCGAUGCACCCUUUCGCGGGCCAGCGUCUCCAUGGCGCAACAGGCAGCAGCAGCAGCAGCAGCAGCAGCAGCAGCCAGUGGGUUGGAGAGGAGUUGUGGCUGAGAGACAAAGGGCCUUUGAGAUGCAGGCGCAACAGCAGUUGCUGCAGCAGCAGUUGUUGCAGCAGCAGCUGCUGCAGCAGCACCGCGAACGCAAGCCAAGUGCCCCUCACCGGGGUCUCCAAGCAGCAGCAGCAGCAGCAGCAGCAGAACCCCAGCAGCACGAAGAGGUGCCCGUACAGCUCAGGAGGAGACAGACAAAAUUGCAUUCAAAGCGCAAACAUCGCAAGGGGACAACUGCAGCAGCACCACCAGCAACAGAAGCAGCAGCAGCAACAGCAGCAGCAGCAGCAGCUGCUGCUGCUGCUGCUCCUGCUUCUGCUCCUGCUGCUAGCGGCGGGGGGGAUGUGUGGACAGCCGCAGCUCGCGGCGCUGCAGCAAAGCCCCCAAGCGAGGCGAAGGCAGUUCAAGGUCUUCCUGUCUUUCCUUAUGCUGCUGCUGCUGGCUUCCCCUUCGCUCCUUGGCCGCCGGGGGCCCCCCCCAUCUAUGCUGCUGCUGCAUUUGCUGCUGCUGCUGCAGCACGAGGCAUGCCUGCGCGGCAGCCAGACAGCGACUUUGUGUUUGCGCAGCAGCAGCAGCUGCUGGCAGCUCAGCGAGAACUGCAGCAGGUGAAGAGCGACCUCACCAAAGAACAAGAGAAGUGCGAAGGCCUAGAGAAGCAGCUGAAGGAGCAGCAGGAGAGCCAGAAGCAGCAGCAGCAGCAAAUCCAAGAGCUGCAGGAGCAGCUACAAGAGCAGACAAAGAAGGCCUCGGACCUGGCGACAAGCUGCACUGCUGCUGAGAUGCGGCUGCAGCAGCAGCAGGAAUCGCUGGAGGCAAUCGUAAAGCUUCAAGAAGAAACACAAAAGGCGAGACAAGAAGAAAAAGACAAAUACCUCUCUGAGAAGGAGCAGCUCCAAGUGAAGAUAAAAGACCUGGAGGAGGAUUUGUCUUUUGCCCGCGAUCAGCUGCUGGUGGCUAGAGAAAGUCUUAUUGCUGCGAGGCAGAAGCAGCAAGCAGCAACAGAGGCGCAUGAACAAGACCUUAAAGCCUUACAAUCUUACCGGAAGCAAAACGAGGCCCUGAAGCAAGAUCUGAAGUUUGUGAAGACUCUCAACCUGUCUCUGUCUGAGAAGGCACGUCGGCUGCAGCUGCACGCCCCUUCGGAUGUGUCUCCAAGUGUCUCCGAAACAGCAGAACAGCAGCAGCAGCAGCAGCAGCAGCAGCGGAUCCCCAGCGAAGCGUACAGUGAAUCUGCUUCGUCUAUGAGCUCUGCCUUUCCUCUUUACCCCCAGGGAGGAGGCAGCAGCAGAGCGCUGCAGCUGCAGCGGCUGCAGCAGCAACUCAAGGAGAGACUGGAAGGUGAAGCACCAGCAGACAAACUACGAAGCAAAGAGGCCUCCUGGGCAGCAGCAGCAGCAGCAGCAGCAUCGCAGCUGCCGUCCCCUACUGAAAGCGCAUUCUCAGCGAGGGGGGCCCCACAGCAGCCGCCGCAGCCGCAGUCACUCCAGGGGCAGCAGCUGCUGCAGUUGCAGCAGCAGCUGCAGCAGCAGGAGCAUCUGCAGCAGCAGCAGCUGCUGCAGCAGCAGCACCAGUUGAUGCAGC